GGGGCGGUGGUAGUCGCGCGGCCGUCGGUCUAACGCGGUGCGGUCGUCAUUGGGCGUCGGGACGCCGUGGCGACGCGGUCUCGGCUCGAAAGCACGCUCGGUUCGCGAGCACGCGCGCGCCAAGUGUGUUCGAAACGCGACACGAGGGCCGAGAGAGAGUAGUGCGCGACUUUUGCCGCAUCGUUUUCUGCAACCACGCUCACCACCCCGUCCUACCCGAGACUCCCAUUUUACACCCACGCGCGCUAGAAUCGUGUAUGUAGAAUCGCAAAAGGAAGAAGAGAGUUUGGUGCGGAUUUUCGUUUAGUUUCGACACCGUCCAGGUGUCGUGAUCCGCGUCGCGAGUGAUCGAUUCUUCUUCUUCUUCUUCUUCAUCCGCGAUCGGGUCGAAGAGGACGUUCGAGGUGCGUCGUACGCGAUUCACGUCACGCGAGUUGCCUCUUCGUGCCCCUCUUGAUAGUCAUGAGUCGGGAGUUUGGUCGGAUCGGUGGCAUUUCGUUUUGGGAAACGGCGAGAAAAGUGUUUCGAUAGAAUCUUCAAGAGUAAAGUGUGCGCGUUUUGUUUUUUUUUUUUUUUUUUUUUUUUUUUCGAGUAAGAAGGAAGAGGAGAAAGGUGGUAGGGAGAAGGAGAGAGGAGGAUCACCGGGUGGAAUCCGGUGUGGAUACAACGACGAGGGUUGGGCCCGGUUGGAUCGAGUCGAAGGUGGAGGAGACGUCGCACGAUGAGACGGACGACGAGAGAAUGUCGCGCGGACGCCGCGGGAUUCGUCUCAGUCGUCCGACUGGUCGGCCGGUGGCCGUUGAGAGCGUCGAAGAGGAACGCGUUCCGGAAAGGGUGAAGGGCAGCAGGCCGUCCUCGAUGGUGUGUCAUGAUCUGAUGGGACGAGUCAUGUCACGUGUCGUCGGGACGCUGCUCGCGCGCUCCACGCUGCUCACGAGCGUCGCCGCGGCCCUCGUCCUGCUCUUCUGCUGCUGCAGGUGCACUCGUGCCAGCGAGUUUCCGGAAAGAGAAUGUUGCGACCUGAUAUUCCCGAUCCCGGAACCGACCGGGAGAUCUACGUCCGCGCCCACACCAACGGGCAGAAGCGGACCCGACAUCAAAGUACCGGUUGCAAUACUGAACUGUCUUUACGCGCGUCAAUUGUGCUUCGAGGAUGCAUCCUGCAGCGCCAUUCUAGAGAUCAUACCGAGGGUCUGUGGUCCAGAACUGGUGGCUUGUUCGACGGUGACAGUGACAAAGUGUCAAGCGGCCCUGCACACUCUACAAGCUUUCCCUUUCUUCCGCCCAACGUGCCUCUGCAGGGAACCGCAUGUAGACCCGGAUUGUAACAGUUUCCAGAACUUCCUCUUCGACCACCCUUGCAUCUACGUCUUAAAGAAGGAUAAGGAUCCGUACUCCAUCGACGCGCUGCCGACCUGCAAUCAUGCGCUGAGCGUCUGUUUACGCGGCAAACCGUGCAGCCAGAUUUACGAGGACUUCAAAAGCAACUGCAAAGCGCGGGAGGGGAAAUGCAGGAUGGAGAACCGGAGCGCCUGCCACGAUUCCUGGACCCAGCUACGACUGUCACCGAUGUUCGGCUGCAUUUGUCCCAACAAUCACAUGAAAAGACGCUGCGACAGGAUUUUCUCGACGGUGAAUCACAAUCCCUGCGUUGAGUUCCUGCCCUCCUCCACCUCCAUAGACCUGUCGGGCACGGACUCGGCCCUGUAUCCGUUCGACCCGCAGCAGGAGAGCUACCAGGAGAUCUGGUUACCGCCGACCAGUAUGUACCCCUAUUUUCUGUUCCCCGGGGCCGCGCGCACCUCGUACUACGACCACGAGAGCACGUACGACGUCCAGGAGGCGGGACAGGGGCGUCAGCACGGCCACCGCCAUCAGCACGGUCGUCAUCAAGAAGCACCGGAGUUGCCUGGCAGGCCCGGUGUCCUCGUGGUCGAGACGUACGAUCCUCGUGCCGAUCGCGACGAGGACCGGCAGGAGGCUCGUGCUGGUACCGACGACGAGCAUCGGCCUCUGUACAGGGAGAAAGAUACGGAUGAUCGUGAAAUGGAGGGAUCUAAGAGCUUCUAUGAUCGCGGCUCUUCUUCUUCUUCUUCCUCUUCUUCUUUUUCUUCUUCUUCUUCAUCUUCCUCUUCUUCUUCUUCUUCUUCUUCUUCUUCUUCUUCUUCUUCUUCUUCUUCUUCUUCCACGUUGUCCAAGCAUGAUCGUGCCUCCAGCACAGUGCACCUGCAGCCAAGGCACUCCCAAAGCGAGCAUGACGCGCACCUGCACCAUCAUCACCAUCACCACCAGCACCACCAGCACCACCCCGCACCACCCGCACCACCGUCCGCCGCGACGUCGUCUUCGUCUUCGUCUUCGUCUUCGUCUUCGUCUUCUUCUUCGUCGUCGUCGUCGUCAUCGUCGUCGUCGUCGUGGUCGAGUUAUCCGCCACCGGCUCGUCCAACGCCUACCGUGGACGAGACUAAACGAAUCGAGGGGCCCGAGCUGGUGCAUCCGAAGAAAUUCGCACCGAGGCCCACCUACGAGCACCGGGCAAUCUUCGAUCGCGCCGACGACGACCUCGAUGACGAGUUGAGGAUCGGCGCGCUACCAGUCGACCGGCUCUUCGAUCUCCGCGAGGCCUUCGAAGGGUUCGUCGACCAAGUGAAGGUCAUCUCGCAUCCGGACAACUCGACCAGCUUCGAGGUGAUCGAGUCCCAGCUCGAGAAUCCGUUGAUCGACGCUGAUCACCACGAUCUGGUCGCCAUGAAGCAGAUACCUGUUCCCGGUGGACAUCAUCACAAAACGCAGCACAAGAGAAAUCAGACGGACGACCGUAAUCAGACGUCCGUGGUGUUGCCAUCCGCCUCCUCCGAUCUCGAUAAGAUACAACAACCGGUCAAGAUCGUGCUCUCGAGCACUUGCCACCAUGCCUAUAAUGCUUGCAAAAACGAUCCAGAGUGCAAGGUGCUUCUCGAGCCUGUGUUGAACCAUUGCGACUCGACGAGUUGCGCGAAGAACGAGUGCAUGGAAGCGUUGCAGAACUUCUACAAAUCCGCGAACUAUAAACACUCUGUCGAGAUCGCGUUCUGCCUGUGCAGGAAAACGGAUGGAAAGAAGGACGAGUGUAUAAUAGCGCAGGAAAAAAUGCAUCCUGCCUGCGCGCAGCGAGUGGAGGGCGCGGAAAUGCCGACGUGUCACAGUUUGGCGGAAGCUUGCAAGGAGCACGAAGCAUGCAGGGCGAAAUUGGAGUACUACGAGCAAAAUUGCGCGGUGGAUAGUGUGACAAAGAAGUGUGCCGGUCCAACUGCGGAGUGCAGGAAAGCGAUGCUGGGUAUCCUUGGCACGGAAUUGCGGUCGAACUGCGCGUGCAAGGGGACGGAGCUCACGCAACUUUACGACUGUCUGGGAUGGCAGAGGCUCCUCUGGGUCAAUCCUUGCGUGGUCGAGUCCCAGAAGGAUUACCACGCGAGGAGGAAACACCAUCAUUACCCGAGGACCACUACGACUACCGUCUUGUCAACGACCAAGUCGCCGGUUAGCACAACGACGGUCACAGCCGUGGUCGAGCAAGUAGAGGAUAAUCAAAUACCGGAAGUGACGAGGUGGACAACCACCGAACCCACGGAAACUUGGGAAAUCACCACCACUAGCAGCACCACCAUUAGUACCACACCCACCACCACCACCACCACCACCACGCCGCCUCGCUUCUGUGUGGUUCAAAGGCCGAGGCAGAGUCACCAAUACAUAAGGGAGGGCGAAGGAAAGAGGCUGUAUCGCGAGGAUGAGCCAGAAUGUUCCGAGUUGUGCCAAUGCGGCGAGGGCGAAGUUUUGAUCUGCAACACGAUCUGCGUGGAUUCAUCGCCCUGCAAGACGGACUUCGCCUUCUACAAUCACGAAGCACCGGCGUAUCAGGCGCAUCGCGGACCCUGCCUUUGCUAUAGCGGUCGUUUCAUAUGCAUGCGGCCAUCGCCCGACGCUUACUCUAUACCGCACGGAGUUUUCAUGUUCCUGGGCUACAGCGAAAAGGACGAGAGUUUGUUGCGACGGCAUAAUAAUCUCACCGUCCUGGACGCGGUGUCGUCCCUCGAUAACUUCAUGAGAGAAGAAGUUAACAAUCAGACAGUGUGCACGCUGUUCCUGUACAACGCGACCCGAGAGAACGUGAUUGCAGUGGCGCGUCUCGGGACUGACAAUCCACCCUUAAAUAGCAGCCAAGCUCAAAGUCUGCAGCACCUUCUGCGCGUCAAGGAGGAGUGCUUCUCGAUGCUGCAGGACCUCAGCGACAAGAUAAACAACAAGCACCACGAGGUCCACACGCACCCGUUACUGUCCAUCUUCAAGAUGGCCGAGGUCGAGGUCAAGUUGCCGUACAGCAACGAGGUCGGGUGUCUGUCGGGGUCGUCGAGCCUCCCGCUGGUCGCAAUACUCCUGCUGCUCACCCUGUUUCGAUUCGAGGCGUCCACGUGCCUGCUCGCCUCGUGACACCAACGGCCCGUCACACCCGAUCCCCGUCGAGACCACCGAAUAUUCUCGAACGCCUAGAAAACGCUGCAAUCGAGACGGCCCUCGAGAUCGAUCAUCAACGAAGUUCGCAAGUUCGUUCAACGGGGCUCUAAUCUUCGUGCCUCGUGGAUCAGGACGAGUAUCGAGAAGUUUUUGAGAAUCGAGUUGCCUCGAUUCGAGGAUUGCCUUUUUCUCCAUCUUCGCUUCCCCUCCUUUUGAUUGAUUUAAUUAAUCCUAUCGAUCCGUUUCUCAUCUCAACGAUUGAUUCCAAAUUGAAUCGAUUUCCGUUCUACAAUAUCAUCGUGGCUGGGAUCAAUUUUUGUCGCGCGAGAUCUUUAUUGCCGCGCAAUAACGCGGAUGGCAUCGACGAAACGGCCGUUCCGCGCGGCUACGUGGUCAAUAAUAAGACCGAUCCCAUAUGCAGGGAAUGGGCGUGGAUCCAAACACGUGGCUCCCUUUCAACCCCCUCGCUGCUGGAUCAGCGACGAUAUUGCAAGCCGGAUCCCGAAACGACCACGGUCAUUAGAAUCGCGCGAGGCAUUUUCUUUUUUCUCCGGAAGGAAUCGCCUCUCGGAUAAAAGGAGAGGUUUAAACGAGAAAUACGAUUAUAUACGUUCGAAAUAUUAUUCCCAUUUUAACACGAACCGAUGAAUUUUUGAAACUUUUUUUUGGAAAUUCUUCUCUCGAUUAUCGAACUUUUGCAAACAUUUUUCCCAUUUCCCUCGAGCCUUAAUUUUUUACGAAGCUAAGAACCGGAGACACGGGGAUCCUCGAACGAGCGCAACGCGUGUAUAAAGGAAGCACCUGUAGUGAGUCUGUAAAUGACAAGCGCUAAUUUACCGUGUAAUUAAAAUAAGCUAGCAGAAAAAAAACGCGAACGCUCCUCCUGUAUCGGACCAUUAGGUGUUUAUUAACAUGUUGUUCAGAGCUAAAUCUAAACGGGCGUUUCUGAGGCAUGGCGCAAGAGGCUCGAGUGUGUAGAUAAACUUGUAGAUUGUUAAAUAGACUUAAUAAAAAAGAGGAAAGGGAAAGGGAACGACGGCUGUUUCUCGCCGCGAGUUUUUUUUUCAUUUCCUGAAAUUAGAAUUAAAUUUAAAGAGGGAAAAAAAUGCAUAAAAAUCGAGGAAAAAUAAUCGUUUUUUCCAAAAACAAAAUUUUUUCAUCCAAAUUCGUGAAUGAAGAAGAGAAAGAGAGAAAAAAGAAUUUCGUGCCUAUCGUACAAUUGAUCGAGGAAUAACCCGAUCGAUUCGACUCGAUAUUUUUUAAUGGAUGAAACGCGAUAAUUUGAUCGUUUCGCAAAAUGGUGGCUGCUGAUGGGCGAGUAGCUGCGAGCGAGAGACAGCCGCUUUAAAACGGUCGAUUUGUCAGAGGAGAGGAGAGAAAGAAGAGGAAGGCGGAGAUAAACUUCUAAACAGGUUGCCGGAUGCACGACGUGUACAAACGACGCGAAAACGGACGGGUGGAAAAUUAUUCAAAACUUCUGGUUCCGCUCGUCGGCUCAAUUAUAAUCCCGGCCGAAUCGCGAUAUUUGAAAUUUUUCAAUAAAUUCAUUUUCAAAACUUUCAUCUGAAAAUUUCAUUUCGGUUUUAUUAAAAUUUCGACAAAAAAAAAAAAGAAUGGAUAACGCGAUUCUCCGCCCGAUCGAUGGAAAAGUUGUAAAAGUAUUUUUUUUUUUUCCAAAUUUUUAUUCCAACAUUUUCUUUUGAUGCAAAGAAACAAUUUUUCAGACGAUUUGAUUUAAUGGAAAAGUAUUAUUGUAUUUAUAUAUAUAUAUCCUGGAAAUAUUCAAUUGAAUAUUUCAAUUGAAAAAAAAAUUCAUUUUAUGAGAACGAUAUUCUGUAUUCAUCAAGUUAAAAAUUAAUUUAGAUGAAACAACAGUUACAGAUUCAUUCAUUCAGUUACAUGAAUUUGAAGAAGAUACACCAAUCUCCUGUAUAACGAAUAUUCAAUUUUGAUUUCGUUUAUCGAAUUUCCUUGAUCGAAUUUCCUAGUAGAAUUAUGCGACAAUUUUACAACGAUAUUUAAACAAAGUUUAAACAAUUUCAAAUCACUCGAAUAUACGUGAAUAUACGUACUAACUCGAAGACAAAAGAUUUCGAAAAUUGUCACGGAUCGAAAAAGCGGUUUAGUUUCCGCGUGGCAAGCCGGAAGCCGCGGCUCGAGUUUGAAAAGAAGAGUUUCAAAACCAGACGAUACGUUAAAGCGUGGGAAAGGAUUGCCGACGAGUGGAGUUAGGAACGGAGGAUGAAAAGAAACGACUCGAGAAUGGGAGAGAUUCGAAAAUUUAGCGUGGAAUUAAUUGUGCGUGCAUCCGCGCGCCUCUGUAAAAAGUGUGAACGUGGUUCAAGAAGAUUCCAGCUCGCGCUCGUCCGAAAAUAUAUAUCGUUCUAAUCUGGGAAAGAAGAAUUUUUUUUCUAUCUAUCGUGUACUUAAUCUUUAAAAAUCCUUUUAAAAAUAUCGAAAAAUCUUCACUCUUCUACUGACUUACAUUUUCCAUUCGAUUUAAUUCUUUUUUUUUUUACGUGUGAUUUCAUAAAUGAAUCAAUUUGUACAUUUUACAACAAUUGAUUCAUAUCAAAGAGAAAGAAUAAAUUCAAAAGUAAUAAUAAGAAACGAUUUAGUAAUAUCUCUGUUAAAUAUAUAUAUUUUCCAAAAUAUUUAUACGAAUGUGUUAUUCGAUAACGAUCAAAUAUUAAAUACGUUUGAAUUCCUAAUAUUAAUCCUUAAUUCAUUAAUCAAUGAAUGCACAGUACAAAAAAAGUAGAGCUCGACUAACUUGAUUUAUUUCAACGUCUCAAUUGUAUCGACGUACGUACACUUCAUAUCCUCUCCCUUAUAUUUUUCGGACACGUUCCCGGAAUUAUAAAGGAAAGCGCGGUCGCGAAAAACUUGGCGGAUCGCGUCCGUGCAAUUAGUCGAAUUUCAGGUAAAGGACGAACGUGAGCUGGAUCGAAUGGUACGUGACGUGGUUAUCGGCAAAGCAAUAAUGUAUAAAGUUUACGAUCCACGGGCACGUCGCUCAAAAACAGGGGUGUAGGUGAGGGGGGGUUUAACGGUUUAUAUAUCCGGGGCGAGAUGUAUAAAUUAUACACGUUAUACAUAACAAGCACGUAGGAAAAAAAAGAAAAACCCUAAUAAUAAAUGUAACAACGCGUAAAAUGUAUGUUAAUUUCGCGGCGAAAAUCACGAGAGAAGAAAACGAACGAAUCUCUUCUAAAUUCGAGGAAGAGAAAGAAUCGAAUAAGAGAUUUCGAGGCGAAUUUGGAAAAACGAACGAACGACAGAAUCGAAUAUGUGUGCGUGUGUGCGUGUAUGCGUGUACUUGUCCUUUGUUCCGAAGCACGGAAGACUUUGGUCGGCCGAUGGACGGCUGCUUACAAAGUACCUGUCCCACCGAUAAGGAAAGAUUCCAAGGUUCUCAGGCGGAUAAUGGAACGGUUGCACAAAUUUACGUUUGUACCUCGGGCACAGAAAUCGAAGCUGCACCAAACACGCACACCUUUGCGAUCGUUUCCGAGUUUCUACGCGAUUUACGUUCGGCACAAGUGUACAUAAAUUACCAGGCUCGCGUAUAUUCGGCAGCUUUCCACGCGGGGAUACAUUCGUGUGGCCUAACUCGUAUAUAUAUAUGUAUCGUUUAUAUUAUAUGUUUGCUUUCGAUGUUUCGUUUUUUUUUUUUUUUACGCACACUUCCGUGCUUCGUGGACAAGAUGGAUAAGAAUAAUCACGGUGUGUGUAUAACGAGGAAGAAAAAAAAAAUAGCGAAUUCUUAUGCCGGGUGUUUAAACGCAGAGGGAAGAGUUGGCGAGGAAUAAGUUGUUUCUUCCAAUAUAAGUUACGCUCGUGGGUCUUCGUAUGUAAUUGCCCGAUUCUACCUGCCACGAUACAUUGUCGAGAGUUUCGCAGUUUCAAACAUAUCUGUAUGAUGUAAGAUGUUACUCGUUUUAUCAACAGCACUUUGUACAAACGAUCACUUCUUCUUCUUUUUUUUUUUUUUUUUUUGUUAACUCGAAGAUACGAAGGCUCAUAUCUCGAAAUCAUACGAUUACGAGAAACGACGUUUCGUUGUUUUGAAGUUUCGAGGAAAGCUUCGAGUGCUUCGCGAAAAAAGAAGCGAUGGCAAUAAUUUACAGAACGCCAAGCGUACAAAAAAAAAAGAAAAUUAAUUAAAAGUAGAACGAGAUUGAUCGAGCAAAAGUUGUUUCAAAAACUCGUAUCGCGUCGCCUCGAAUGCGAGAACGACGAAAAACAAUUCGUGAAAAUACACGGUGGUUCCAAUCGAACAUAUCAAGGCCUCUUAGAAGGGGUCAGCCAAUAAGCGGUUUACUCUGGUUUCACGUAGUUUCAGUUUUUUCGAUGCUUUUUUCGACACGUGGGGACACGAAAAACGUGCAAAAAUGGCCCAUUCGCGAUCCGUUGCCAUUGCUCCAGGGAUUUCUUCGUGGUGGAUAAACAAUCUCUUCGAGACUUUUUGCUGAAGAAAAAAGAAAGAAAGAAAGAAAGAAAAGACUAUUUUGUUGAUCCUUUUCUCAUUUCGUCCAAUCGAAUGAAAUUCGGUUCGAAUCUUCGCCAACAAGUUAGCAAUCUUAUCGACCGAGCUCGUUCGAAAGCCUCCCUAGAUAUCUAGGGGAAAAACUCUGCGAGGAAGAAAUACCUGAACAUGGCAAUACUGUUACCGGCAAUCCCUACGUUUAAAAACUAAUCGCGGAUGUAUUUAUCGCGAGGCGAGAACGCUACAAAUGUGGCAGGGGUCAGAAAAUCGAUUUUCCACGUGUACAACAUACCGCGUGGUCCUCUCGUACUCGAUUCCUUAGGUAGUAAGUAAGCUCACUGAAAACGUUCCUGCUUUACCGACAGCGAGAAAUGUAUCGUCGUUCAGUAUUAACCCCCCGCUUUAGUAACUAGUUUCGUGAGAAAACUACCUCAUUCUUGAUACCGCGGCAGAAUUCUAGAUAUCGACCAAGGCUACGCCAAGCCUUACAGAUAUAUUUACCAUGUCAUCAGUUGUUAUACUGGUGAAGGAUAUUACAUUUUUCUUAGACAUUUUUAUUUAAUUGAUUAACAACUUUUACAAACACCGAUAUUUUCUCACUUAGAAUUUUCUAUCUUUUAUAAUCGAUAUAUCUCAAUUAUUUCUACCCUUAGAAAUAGUUAGACAAUUGUUUAAUUUUUCGAAUAGAAUAAUGAUGUCAAUUCGCGAAUAAGCCUCCUAUGAAGGGCGGUAAUUCCUCGAAGUUUUCCGUCGGUAAACCAGAACGGAAGCUCAACCUCUCCGACUACACACACUUAAACAAUUACUAAACGCGCGCAAUUAUACAUAUAUUACUGAUGUGCGUAUACAUAUAUAUAUAUAUGUAUGUACAUAUGUACAUACAUAUAUAUGUAUAUAUUUUAUUACUCGAAACGCACUCUGACCCCGGUCACGCGUGUAAUAUAAAACAUACGUAAUGUAAACUUAAGUAGCGCACCAUUCAAAAUGCUUGAUCCUUCCUAAACGACACACACGUAAAUCCUCGUACGGUCGCCAAGUUAUGGAGACCUCUCGUCUCGUAAGCAGACAUCUAGGUAUAUCGUUGUAUCUAUGUGCAUCGGUGAAAAAAGAUGAGUCGAUUACGUUUUUAUCGCUCGACAUGGAAUUUCAUUUAUUCUUUUAUUCUUUAAAUGUACGAUCAGUUGGAAAACAUGCUGAUAUCUCACGUACCAUUUUAUACGAACACAUUUAAAAUAUAACAAAUUAUAAUAUGGAGCAAUUUUAAUAGAAUUUCAAAAGGGAAAAUUUAUUCCUCAAAAUUUCAAUGCUUAUCUUUCUUUGAUACGAGAGAGAGAGAGAUGAAAUUUUAAGCUCGCAUAAAAAUAUAUAAAAGCUUUCGUUUCUGCGUUGCCAUAUUCCUAAAAAAAAAAAAAAAAAAAAAAAGUACAAAUCCAGCGCCAAAAUUGCAUUCAAAACGUGAAAAGGUGGCGAAACCUCAAAGGGAUCCGUAUCAUUUACCGAAUGAGAAUUUUAACGAGAUAACGUACGAAGAAUUUCGUGACUAAGUGACGAAAUAUAUAUCCGUCAAUGGAAUCGAUUCAUACUAUUAUUAUUCGAAAUACGAUGAUGUGGAAAAAAAAAAAAAGGAAAAAUUACGCCCACCUCGCGUGCGGCUCGCAUGACGGCGCCGCUUUCACCGCCGCGUGAAUACUUAACGAACUGGGAUGCUUACGAGACGCCUUUUAGGAGGUCACUUUAGAAGACGCAAAAGUGGGACGUCGCUUUCAGUAGAUCUCUCUCGGCUCGCACAUAGAACGGGAGAACAGAACGAGGAGAGGGGAUAAUAGAAACUAAGGGGAUGUAUCCCGGCUCCCCGCAAACACUCGAAACGUUCGCUGUACGUGUAUGUAAUUCGUGUGCACGCCGAUCGUAUGUAUGUGUGUGUGUGUGUGUGUGUGUGUCCACAUGAACGUAUGCGUGUGUGCCCGGAAAUUCUGUGUACCGGCCGCUUCUCUGCCUCGAUCCUCGAGACGGAGGAUGAAAGAUCGAUAGAUCAAUAAAUCCCCGAUCCCCUGUCAAUCGACGCGAUUGAUAUUCGAAAGAAGGAAUAAACGAAUGGACAUCCCUUUCGAUUCGUCCACUCAACAAUUCCUCCACUUUUCGAAGAGAAUUAACUUCAAACGAAUUAGAAUAUCAAUCGCUCUUUUUCAACGGAGGGGAAGGGAGGAGAGGGUGCGUCCUCGAGAUAAUUGUAAAUAAAACGGAAUAGAGGAUGAUUAUCAACAGCAACCCGGCUGGUAAUUCUAGUUACUAAUGGGCAAACGAUAAUGGCGAACGAUCCCGGGACGAAGAAGAUUUCACCAUUCUCGAUUAAACUGGAUGGAACUCGAUGUGGAUUUCGUUCAACCAAAUUAUCCAUUCGUCAAUCCCUCCCUCGAAAUUCUUAUUUUACUUUAAAAUAAAUAUAAGGGGAGGGGAUAGGAUAGGAACACCCCUUGAGUUCCAUAAUCAACGACAAACACCCCCUCUCUCUCGAGUGACCAGUCUAGUGCGACACCGAUGUAACGUUGAUUGUAUAUAUCUAUACAUAAGUAUACAUAUACAUAUAUAAAUAUAUACAUAUAUACAUACGAAUAUACAUAAUAUACAUAUGCAUAUACACGAAGGUGCGUACAGGUACCUAAAAAAAAAGAAAAAAAAAAAGAGAAAACUACCUAAAAAAAAAAAAAAGAAAGAAAAGAUCGACGGAUCAUCCUCGAGCGACCAUCUUCGUCUUCGAAUUCCGCCAUUACCUGCCCAGGUUCUCACACUUUCUCCAGGUUUCUCGAGCGGAUUCUCGAGCGAAUAUCGUCGCUCGAGGGAGGCGAAGAAAAGAGUUUAGAGAGAAAUACGUCGAGCAAAUAACGAAAGAAGAAAUUAGUGGAUUGAAAAACGACGAGACGACGACGACGACUAGGGAACGAAUAUUAAAGAGAUAAUAAAAAAGAAGAAAAAAAAGAUAAAAAAACGAUACAAUUGCGGAUGUACGAGAGUGUACGAUAGAUAGACGAGAGAAAGGGAGAGAGAGAGAGAGAAGAAAAGAGAGAAUAUCGAAUUGGAGGGUGUGUGAGCGUGCGAGUGGACGAUGCGAGCAAGAAGAAGCGCGAGUAUUUGUUAUAAUAUUAUUAUACGGACGACUAACGAGUUGCCGAGGCGUUGGUAAAUAAAUACGAAAGGGCUCCCCAAAGGAACCUCUGAAAUUAUAAAAA